CCUUGUAAAUACUGUUAUUUGUAUAUACUGUAAAUGAUGACAUCGGUGGGCACCAACCGAGCCCGGGGAAGCUGGGAGCAGACACAAACACAGACCCAGGCACAGCACAAGCAGAGGCCACAGGCCACUGCGGAGCAAAUUCGACUUGCGCAGAUGAUCUCGGACCACAACGACGCCGACUUUGAGGAAAAAGUGAAACAACUGAUCGACAUCACAGGCAAGAACCAGGAUGAGUGUGUGAUUGCACUGCACGACUGCAAUGGGGAUGUCAACAGAGCCAUCAACGUGCUGUUGGAGGGGAACCCAGACACGCACUCCUGGGAAAUGGUUGGGAAGAAGAAAGGCGUGUCGGGACAGAAAGACAGCGGACAGACGGAACCCAGCGACGAAGGCAAAGAGAACCGGGAAAAAGAGAGGGACUUCAGCCGGCGACGGGGGAGCGGCCUGCCCCGAAGAGGCCGUGGAGCCAGCCGUGGGAGAGAAUUUCGGGGUCAAGAGAACGGACUGGAUGGUAGCAAGACAAGUGGAUCUUCAGGCAGAGGCACGGAGAGAGGGCGACGGGGACGUGGGCGAGGCAGAGGCGGAUCCGGACGACGAGGAGGAAGAUUUUCUGCCCAGGGCAUGGGGACUUUCAACCCCGCCGACUAUGCAGAACCCACCAGCACGGACGAAAGUUACGGCAAUAACAGCAACACAUGGAACAGCACGGGAAGCUUUGAGCCGGACGAUGGGACGAGAGUUGAUUACAUUAGGGGCGAGGGGUCAAAUUACCCCCGAAAAUUUGACACUGCUCCUGGUGCGUGGAGGACAGCAACGGAGGAGUGGGGGACCGAGGACUGGAAUGAAGAUCUUUCAGAAACGAAGAUCUUCACUGCCUCCAACGUCUCCUCGGUGCCGCUGCCUGUGGAAAACGUGACCAUCACAGCUGGACAGAGAAUCGAUCUUGCAGUGCUCUUAGGAAAGACACCUUCCUCGCUGGAAAACGAAUCGCCCAGCGUGGAUUCCUCCCAAGCGCCGCCGACGCUCAACCAGCCCCUGGUGUUCAGCAAUUCCAAGCAAAGCACCGUCUCUCAGUCCAAUUCGGCAAACACCUUCCCCCACCACGGCAUGGUCGGCGUGCUGGGAAAGGGCUUCAGCGAAGUGGGGGAGGGGAAGAGCAGCAGCAGUACCACCACCACCACCACGACCGGCUCCCAGUUCCUGGAGCAGUUCAAGACCGCCCAGGCCCUGGCCCAGCUGGCGGCCCAACAUCCACAGCCGUCUGGAAGCAGCAACGCGGCCUCCUCCUGGGAUAUCGGCAGCAGCACCGGCCAGUCCUCCUCCCUUGUGCAGUAUGAUCUAAAGAACUCCUCCGAAUCGGCGGUGCACAGCCCGUUUGCCAAGCGGCAGGCCUUCGCCCCCACCUCCACCAUGAUGGAAGUGUUCCUCCAGGAGAAGCAGCCGGUGGCCACGGCCUCCUCCGUUUCGGCUCCGCCACCCCCGUCCUCCCCCCUGGCCACCAAAACCAACCCAGUCUCCCAGAUGUCCCCGGACUCCUCCAGCCCUCAGCCGGCCCAGCAAAAAUUAAAACAACAGAAGAAGAAGGCCUCCCUAACAUCAAAGAUCCCGGCUCUGGCGGUGGAGAUGCCUGGCUCGGCAGACAUUUCGGGACUCAACUUGCAAUUCGGGGCUUUGCAGUUUGGCUCGGAGCCCGUCCUCUCCGACUACGAAGCCCCCCCUGCCACGAGCACCGCUGUCAGCCAGCCUCCCAACAGCCUCUACACGAGCACAGCAAGCGAGUCUCUGUCCAGCAUUUCCUCCAACAAGACCCAGGAGCCGGCAUUCCCAAGUGGCAGCAUGCCUACAGCAACGUAUACCUCCCAGAACAGUGCUCAGGGACCACUGUACGAGCAGAGAUCCACUCAGACCCGGCGGUACCCCAACUCCAUUUCGUCCUCGCCCCAAAAAGAUUUAAGCCAGGCCAAGAACGGCUUCAGCUCGGUGCCACCUACGCAGUUGCAAACCACCCAGGCAACUGAAGGUUCUGCCGGGUCUGCUGUCAAAUCCGACUCCCCUUCGGCCCCCAGCAUCACAGCCCCCCUGAGCGACCCCGUGUCGGCCGCAUCCCUGCUGACCACAGCCACCCAGCAUUCCUCCGUGCUCAGCAGCCUGAACCACGCCGAGGAGCUCUCGAACACAGCUGCCACGCAACACAGCAGUACCUUACCCGCCCAACAGAACAGCCUCUCUUCUGCAACCUGCUCUGGUCGCACGUCGACUUCGACUCUCUUGCACACCAGCAUGGAGAGCGAGGCCGUGCUCCACUCUUCUGCAAGCACUUUCUCCACCGCCUCCAGUACUGUCUCGGCCCCCCCGCCGGUGGUCAGUGCCCCCCCAAGCCUGAGCAGCGUCAGCAGCCUGGGCCUGAGCCUCAGUAAUAACUCCACCGUGACGGCCACGACCCGCAACUCCAUAGCCACGACGUCAGGAAAGGCUCCCCCCAACCUGCCACCCGGCGUGCCACCCCUGCUGCCGAACCCGUACAUCAUGGCGCCAGGGCUGCUGCACGCCUACCCGCCUCAAGUUUACGGCUACGAUGACUUGCAGAUGCUUCAGACAAGGUUCCCAUUGGACUACUACAGCAUCCCCUUCCCCACCCCAACUACCCCACUGACCGGAAGAGACGCAAGCUUGAAUAGCAACCCUUAUUCUGGUGACCUCACGAAAUUUGGCCGGGGCGACGCCUCUUCCCCCGCGCCGGCCACCACGCUGGCUCAGCCUCAACAAAACCAGACACAAACCCAUCACACCACCCAGCAGACGUUCCUCAACCCGGCCCUCCCGCCCGGCUACAGUUAUACCAGCCUGCCCUACUACACUGGGGUUCCUGGGCUGCCCAGCACCUUUCAGUACGGGCCCGCUGUCUUUCCUGUCGCCCCUACUUCUUCCAAGCAGCACAGCGUCAACGUUAGCGUGAAUGCCUCGGCUGCCCCAUUUCAGCAACCCAGUGGUUAUGGGUCCCACGGAUACAGCACGGGAGUUUCUGUAACAUCCAGUAACACAGGAGUGCCUGAUAUCUCCGGCUCUGUCUAUUCUAAAACGCAGCAGUCCUUUGAGAAGCAGGGAUUCCACACUGGCACGCCAGCGGCCUCCUUCAACUUGCCAUCGGCGCUGGGCAGCGGGGGGCCCAUCAACCCUGCCACGGCCGCGGCCUACCCCCCGGCCCCCUUCAUGCACAUCCUGACCCCCCACCAACAACCUCACUCCCAAAUUUUGCAUCACCAUUUGCAGCAAGACGGGCAGAGCAGCACCGGCCAACGCAGUCAAGGCAGUUCCAUUCCUCAAAAAUCGCAGGCUAACAAGUCGGCCUACAACAGCUACAACUGGGGCGCCAACUGACACACACACACACCCCCCACGGCAGCAGCAGCAGCAGAGUGACACUUCAACCAAGAGACCGGCAGAAGAAUGACAGCGACC